AUGACACCACCAAUUGAGAAUAAUGCCGUUACCGUUUACCAAGCCACAAACGUACAACAAUUUUCGCCGCAAAAUGAGGCAUGGCAAUUAUGGAAAGAGAAACUUGAGAUCCACUUUUGCGAAAUUAAUUGCUCAGAUGACAAUAUAAAAAAAGCCAUCUUGCUAAAAUCCAUUGGCGCUGCACCGUAUGCAGUAUUGCAUAGUUUGUGUAGUCCAGAAUCUCCGGUGAGCAAAACAUUUAAAGCAUUAUGUGAAAUGCUACACACAUACUACACUCCACCUAUGAUAAUUUUUCGCGAGAGAAAGCUAUUUUAUAGUGCAAAGAAGGAAGACAGUGAAACCGUCUCUGAAUGGUAUGCAAGAACAAAAAAGCUUGCUCUCAACUGCAAAUUUGGCACGAAUCUUGAGGCUUUCCUACUUGAUCGUUUUAUAAUGGGUUUACCUGACAAAAUAUUUGAGAAAUUAUGCGAAGAAGAUGAAAAGCUCAAGCUAGAUGAAGCUCUCCGCAAAGCUUUAAUCAUGGAAAUGAAACUCUCUAAUAAAUCAGAAGACAACACUAGCGUAAAUUACAUCAACAAGUCCAAAGCAGGCAACAAGAAAAUGCAAAAUUCGAAGUCAUCAAGCAACAAUAGCAAGAGCCACAAGAACAACAACAGCAAUAAGAAUAAGCAGCAGAAUAAAGGCAAUACAUGCAAACAUUGCGGCUGGCGCAAUCACCAGUCAAAUGAAUGCAGAUAUAAAGAAAGCAGAUGCAAUAUUUGCAAGAAAGUUGGUCACUUGGCGAGUACAUGCAGAGAUAAAAAUAAAAGUGUAAAUUAUGUAUCAGAUAAUAUCAAUCAGAAUAACAACAAUGAAAAUUCUAAUAAUCAAAACUUUUGUAUUUACAGCAUUUCAAGUGGAAAUUCAGCGGCUUAUUAUUAUCUCUCAGUAAAAUUGGAUGGCCGACAAAUGAAAGUAGCUUGCGACUCUGGUUCACCCUGCAGCUUAAUAUCAAUAACGUUAUUUGAAAAAUUAAACAAAAAUGUAAGUCUAACUAAGUGCUCAUUACCUUAUGUCGAUUAUAGCGGAAAUGCAAUACAAGUCAUGGGUGAAUAUUUAGCAACUAUUGAAUAUAAUGGUACCAUAAGAAAAUUGAAUGUCGUAGUUACGGACACAAACAAUAUGCCCUUGCUUGGUUGUGAUUUUUUAAGAUUAUUUAAUUUUGAUUUAGUGCAAACCGUGAAAGCUAUUGAUUUAAAGUGUAAUAUUGAGGAUAUUACAAGUAGUUUAAAACGCGAUUAUAGCGAAGUUUUUAAAAAUGAGCUUGGUACAUACAAACUAGCUUGGAAGAAAAAAGUCGAAAUCAACUUACGAGAAUUAAUAAAUAUGGAUGUUUUAGAGCCGGUAGAUAAUGCGGAUUGGGGAACACCUUUGGUACCAAUACUUAAACCCAAUGGUGAUUUACGAAUUUGUGGGGAUUAUAAAGUUACCAUCAACAAACACCUCAUUGAUUUUCAUUAUCCUUUACCGCUGAUAGAGGACAUUUUCGCAUCUUUACAAGGGGGUCAAUUGUUCACAAAACUUGAUCUUUCCAAUGCUUACAGCCAACUUGUAUUAGACGAGGACUCGCAACGAUUGUGUACCUGGUCUACUCACAUAGGUUGUUUUAAAAUGAAACGUUUGCCGUUCGGGGUUAAGCCGGCAGCAGCAAUUUUCCAGAAAACUAUGGAAAAUUUGUUGCGAAAUGUACCCUUUGUAGUAGUAUAUCAAGACGACAUCACAGUUUCAGGCAAAGACUUAGCCGAACACGUUCGAAAUUUAAGAUCAGUCUUGUGUAAACUGCAAAGUGCAGGUUUACGUUUAAAUGUUUCGAAAUGCGAAUUUUUUAAAGCACAAGUGUCCUAUCUUGGAUUCAAAAUUGAUAAAGAUGGUUUGAGUAAGACAACAGAAAGAAUUUCGUCUGUUUUGCAGGCACCUAUACCCAAAAAUGUUUCUGAGUUACGAGCAUUUGUUGGGCACCAUGACUUUGAACAAAAUUAUGAAGAAAAAUCAUACAUAUGCCAUAUCAAAGCGGAAAACGCUCUUAGCAUUAAUUUCAAAGAUAUAGUGCGUGAAACACGUAGAGAUCCGAUUUUAUCAAAA